AUGAUAUCGAUUUUAAGAAAUUUAUGGGUUUCGAGAGAAGCUCACAAAAAAGAACUGGCCGAAAAACUUGAAGAAGAACAAACAAAACUUGAUCUUGAAAUUGACAAGGAGAAUAUCAACCACAAUGCAGAACCAAUAUCGUGUAUGAAAAAUGUUAUACAGUCAUCAUCAAUAUCAUCAAAUCCAAUUGCUGAGCAGGAACAAAGUGGAGAAAAAAAAUGUUUUAAACGUACUGGCAUCAUAACUGCUUUGAAGAGUAACCAUGGCACAAUUGAUCAUGGCAUAUUCUUUGACAUGAGUGUGGCCUUAUCGGUAGCCAGCGAAUUGAAAAUAGGAUGUCGAGUUGAAUAUUUGGCUUAUAAACACCAGGAGACCGAUCAUAUAAAAGUGAUUAAGAUUGAUCAAGUUAUCGACCAGUAUUGGGAUGAAGAAACACCAACAGAACAAAAGAUUGAAGCAAAGAUUAAAGAAUUAAAGACUGAGCAACCGACAUUUUUCAAUACGCAUCAGCGCAACAUUUUGGGCUUAAUUGCCGAACGAAAGCCGGAUUCUAUAAUAGUCGAUACGGACUAUAAAACGAUGAACAUCCAUUUGGACAGUGUUGAAAUUGAUUUCGUUCCUAAGGAGGGUGACCGCGUGUAUGUUUGUUGUAAUGUUCAGAGUGACGAACACUUUGUUGAUCGAAAUGGCGAAAUACUGGAGGAGGUCAGUGUACAUCCUGCGCGCCUUAUGAAAAGUGAAAAAUGUACCGUAAAGCGUCUAAAUUCUGAUUGGGGUGUCCUUAAUCAAGAUGCGUACUUUACGUUUGAUAUUCUUCCCACAGCCUGCAAAUUAAAUUUAGGUGACAUCGUCAGCGCCGAUCUCAUUGAAUGUGAAAGGGGCGAAUAUGUUUGGCGCUGCAUUAGGCUAAAAGUUUUGGAACAAUUUUACGAUCCACAAGUCAACGGCAACACAAUACGUUUAGAACGACGUUCUGAAAAUCGUGCCAUCACAGUUAGUCCCGAUAUAAACUGUGUGUUUGACUCGUUAUUUCAAGAGCAGGAAGUAGAAUGCAUCUGUACGAACAACUGUGACCGGAUUUUUCGCGGUCAUAUAGAGUUUGUGGGACGUAAGAGUAAAACUCAAGUGCGUUUAAUAGAUCCUGAACCGGGAGUUUCAUUCGUCUUAGAACCGAAUACAAAGCGCUCUAUACGAUUUAAAGUCGAGUCGAAAGAACUCGGCCAAAGCAAUGAACAAUUCGUUAUACAAUUUGAAACGUUUCGUAUAAAGCGCAGUAUUUCAAUAGUUGUCUGUGAAACUGAGGCAGAAGCUGAAGCUAUUAAGCAAAAUUUGGCUAUUGAAGUAGAAGUGGAUCGUAAUGCCAAUACACCAGUUGUGGGGGGCCGCAAUCAAACGUAUAGAUCACGCCAUUAUGCUAAUCAGAUUUGGUCAAAUCGCGGUGAAGUCGUACCAGGUGUAGGAAUUGCCCCUAAACGACGUUUCGUUGCUAGGCGCAUUGGUUACUUUGAAGUUCCGGAACGUUUACGAAAAAUGUAUUUAACUUGUGAAAAUAAACAAGACAUGCUGGACAACAUUGAACAAAUGUUUCCUAGCAUACAGCAAGAUCUUAGCAUGACCAACUAUGCAGCUCGUUUUCAAACGUUAAUCUACCUAGAAGAAAUCGAGUGUUUUGUAAACUUUCGCAAUUAUGACCGUGAACGUGCUCAUUUCACAAGAGAUGGCGAAUAUUUAUCGCUUGCUAUUGAUAAUUUAUGUGAGCGACGUCCUUCAUUGGUACUGGGUGAUGUGGUGCGUGCGAUAAACCCCUGGAGUGAUAGAGAUUUGGAUAACCGUAGUUAUGAUGGCGUUAUACACAAGGUUCUCUUUAACAGGGUAUUACUAAAAUUCAAUACGGGAUUUCAACAAAAGUACAAUGGAGAAGAUUAUCGCUUAGAAUUUUAUUUUUCACGAUUUGGCUUUCGUAAACAGCAUUUUGCCGUCGAACGUGUUGUCAAACAUCUCGGUGAAAAGUUUCUCUUUCCCUCUAAUGUGAAUAUGCGCGAUCAUCCUCAACUGGAUGUACAGUUGGAUGCAGAGAACAAUAUUAUUUCGCAAGAUAGAUCUUACAAAUGGUAUAACGAAUCAUUAAAUAACAUACAAAAAAUGGCUGUAUUUAAAAUUCUUCGUGGAGAAGUACAAAAUAUGCCAUAUGUCAUAUUUGGACCACCAGGCACAGGCAAAACUAUUACUCUAGUUGAAGCCAUACUCCAGCUGGUUAAAAACUUGCCUAGUUCACGUCUUCUAGUGGGAACACCUUCAAACAGUUCAGCGGAUUUAAUUACAACUCGUUUAAUAAAAAGUGGAGAUCUUUGUGCUGGUGAUUUUAUACGUCUUGUAUCACAAAACCAUAUUGAAAAGGAACUAGUGCCAGAACAUCUUAUGCCCUACUGUGCCACAGUCGAUAUAGCGGCCGAUGGUACAUGUAACGAUUCUAUGAUAGUCACCGAAUCAGGUCUCAAACUUAAAUGUCAAAUGAAAUUCUUGGGACGUCAUCGCGUUACCAUCAGCACUUGUUCUACCCUGGGUAAUUUUCUGCAAAUGGAUUUUCCCAAAGGUCAUUUUACACAUGUUUUAAUCGAUGAAUCUGGUCAGUGCUCGGAACCCGAAAUAAUGAUAGCAAUCUCUCAGGUCUCGAGAAAUCGUGGCCAAGUUAUACUUGCUGGCGAUCCCUUACAAUUGCAGGCAAUUGUAACAAAUCGUUAUGCUGGCGAGAAAGGUCUUGCCACUUCGUUUCUUGAACGUCUACUAGCGCGUUCGCCUUAUUUGAAGGACCUUAUUCGUUAUCCCAAUUCAUGUGGUUUCGAUCCUCGCUUAGUCACAAAACUACUAUACAGUUAUCGGGCACUGCCCUCCAUACUUCAUGUGUACAACAAUCUUUUCUACGACUCUGAAUUAAUGCCAAUGAUAAGCGAGAAUAACUCGCAUGAAGCUGAUAUGCUUAAUCAAAUACGCGUUUUACUGCCUGAAUCUGAUCAGCGCUCUAAGACACACGGUGUGUUCUUCUACGGAAUGCUCAGUGAGAAUAUGCAGGAGAAGGAUUCACCAUCAUGGUACAAUCCCCAUGAAGCUAAAAAUGUUUUUCUAAUGACGCUUCAGCUUUAUCGAAAGAAUAUAAAACCUGAGAACAUUGGUAUUAUAACACCAUACACAAAACAGGUCAAGCAUUUGCGUACACUAUUCACUACAGCUGACAUUGCUAUGCCAAAAAUAGGUUCAGUUGAGGAGUUUCAAGGCCAGGAGCGUGACAUAAUAUUGAUAUCCACUGUACGAUCUACACAAAAAUAUGUACCAAAUGAUAUACGUCAUUCUCUAGGAUUUAUCCACUGUGCGAAACGAAUUAAUGUGGCAAUAUCGCGGGCCCGUUAUCUUUUAUACAUCUUUGGAAAUCCAUAUUUGUUGGUUUUAGAUCCGUGCUGGCGCACACUCAUAAAAUACUGUGUGGAUAACGAUGCGUACUUAGGUUGCGACUUGCCAAGCGAAAUGUUUGAUUCAGAAAACGCUACAAAUCUAAAGGAGAAAAUUGGAGAAAUCUGCUGACAUUCCAAAAUAAAUUACAAUAGAUCAUUGAAAUUUUAAAAUUUGAUACAUGUAUAUUUUAUUUUUUUUAUCUAAAACAAAUGGCUUUAAACAUAUAAAAUGAACUUGGAACUAAUUACUACAUACAAUACAAUAAAAUGAACAAAAAUAAAA